CCGGGGGAACGCGUUAUCAGAUAUAUCUCUGAGAUUACCGGCCCUUGUAUAAACUCAUAUCAAUACGUUGACUAAGUGAUAGAUAGACCUAGGCAUAUUUUUCUGUAUGGAAAAGGAGAGAAGAGAUGGAAUUGGGUGGCCCGGCUUGACUGGCUUAUCUCUCUCUUAUCUCGGACCCCGCUGUCAUUAUAAAUAAAUACCUACCUGCUUGCCUGUCUAUGUGUGUAUAUAUGUGUCUACAUCUUGGAACCGGCGGUAACACACUUAUGUCUCCUGUUCUCCCUUGGGCCCCUCGCCGAGAGAUUCAAGUCAAGGCCGGAACGGGGAUCCUCGAGAAUUAAGAUACGUAUCUGAGGUUCUCAGCAGAUACAUACACGCACACGCACAGAGAGAGAGAGAGCCUGGUGCAGCUAUCCAGAAGAGAAGGAUACGAGAGAGGGAAAGGGGGAGACCAACACCCCCAAACUUGUGUCCCCGAACGGAGAACGCCCAAGACACCAACCACAUGGAAGCCCGGACGGAGGAGACGGGGGACGAGCGGCCGCCGGCGCUGCGCAUCGACCCGCCGCUGCUGAACUCGGCGAGCCCGUGGGCGACGACGCUGGCGGACCUGCGGGCGCUGCGGGCGUGCGCGUCGACGGGGGGCGUGACGACGCGGACGGCGGUGGCGCGGGGGGGGGCGGGGUUCGCGCACGACGGCGCGCGGCACCGGCACGCGUUCUUCGGCGACGGCGGCGCCGCGAGCGCGAGCGUGAACAACAUGGGGUACAGCCCGGUGCCGCUGGACGGGUACCUGGAGUUCAUCGCGACGAUCCUGGCCGAGGAGGCGGCGGCGGCGGCCGGCGGCGCGCGCCGCGACAAGCCGUUCGUGGUGUCGGUGGCGGGGCCGCCGGCCGACGUCGCGGCCGCGUACGCCCGCGUCGCGCGCCUCGCCGCCGCCGCCGCCGCGCCCCUCGCCCUCGAGCUCAACCUCAGCUGCCCCAACAUCCCCGGCGCGCCGCCGCCCGCCUACGACGGCGCCGCGCUCGCGCAGUACCUGGGCGCAGUCGCGGCGGCGGCGACCGCGGCCGCCGCGGAGGGCGUCCCGCGCGUCCCCUGGGGCGUCAAGACCCCGCCGUACACGCACGCGGGCCAGUUCGCGAUGCUGGCCGCGGCGCUGCGCAGCGUCCCGCGCGGCGGCGGGGGCGGCGGAGACGUGUACGAGUACUGCCCGGCGAGCUUCGUGACGGCGACGAACACGCUCGGCGCGUGCCUGGUGCUGGGGGAGGGGGAGGGGGGGGAGGGGGCGUGGCGGCCGGUGCUGCUGCCGGACGGGGACGGGCACGAGGAGGAGGAGGAGGAGGCGGGCGAGGACCCGCCGGGCGUCGGCGGCGUGGCCGGCGCGCCCCUGCACCCCCUCGCGCUGGGCAACGUCGCGGCGCUGCGGCGCCGGCUCGACGCCCACCCGGCGACGCGCCACGUGGCCGUGCUCGGGGUCGGCGGCGUCGCCGACGCGGCUGGGUACCGCCGCAUGCGCGCUGCUGGCGCGGCGGCCGUGGGCUUGGCCACGGCGCUGGGGCGCAAGGGCGUCGGGGUGUUUGGCGAGAUCGAGAGCGGGCUCGGGGGCAGGUGGUGA